AUGCCUUUUAUUCGCGAUCCCACACAGUCCACAAAGGCUCUAAUUGAGGGCUCGGCACUGUCCCCGAGGUUUUCCAACUUCUCAAUUUUCCAGGCAAACUAUAAAACUGUCGGUGACCAUGGAAUCCGCGCCGAUUUCAUGAUUCCCAAGUCUCUGAGGGCUGGGGAGAAGGUCCCAGUAAUCACUCAGUUUCAUGGUGGUGGAUUGAUAUUUGGCGAUUCGUUGUAUAGCCCUUGGUUUCCUAUAUGGGUGCUCGAACUCGCCGAGAAACACAAUGCAGUUAUUGCUUGUGCCAACUAUCGCAUGAUGCCAGAAUCGACCGCUGUCGAGGUUCUAUCAGACAUCGAUGACUGGUGGAGAUGGCUGCACUCGAGCGAUAGCGCGAAUCUGCUCGCGGCUUUGCCAACACCGAUUGAACUUGACCUCGACCGCGUCAUCACAACCGGAGAAUCAGCCGGUGGUCUGCUGAGCGUAUACCUUGCGAUGACCUACCCAGAAGAUAUCAGAGCAGCGACAGCCGGAUAUCCCAUGUUCAAUCAAGAUGGACCAGUUGAGACCGACCAGACCCCGGCCCUGGCCCCGCAAAUCCCAGAAUCAGCUCUUUUGGAGCUCCAGAAAACAAUUAACGCUGGCAAUACCGUGUCAAGUGAUGACUCAGACUUGAGGAUGGCAUUAUUCCACUCUUUUUUUCGUACCAAGGCCCUUUUGUUUAAAUGCUAUGAUCGGGAUUCGUUAGCCUCGCCAGUUCACCGCGAGCGUCUUUACCAAUUGCAGCGUCUUGAACAGCCUGACACAAAGCUCCCACUAGGUGGACUGGUCAUCUUGCAUGGUGCGCAGGACCCUGUGGUACCUGUGACACUUAGUGAGCGUUUUGUCAAUGCUGCCAGAGAAAAGUUGCGCGGUCGACAAGGCGCGGAUAACAUUGUGCUUUCAAUCCAGGAGGGGGUUCAUGGAUUUGAUAACACGUUUAGCAUAGAAGAGCCUUGGUUGAAGGAGGCGCUUGCAACUGCCAUUUCGCGCUGGCUGGAGUGA